GGUCACGUGUUUCGCAGCGUUACGCAAACAGAAUCCUGUGUGCAUGCAGGCAGUCCAGCUGCCCAUUACAGGUAAGGAGCAGGUUAGAACCUUAAACAUCAGGGUGAAUUGAUUUCUGUCGAGUUGCGUUAUCGAUUAACAAGCUGAGAAAUGAAAAGCAAGCCCACCAAGUCACAAGCAAAUGAAUCGAAAAGUAAAGUGAAGAGAAAAGCCGCUGAGGAGCCCGCUGUAUCACUGACUAAAAAACUGCGAGACAAGAUUAAUGGCGAAACCUCCACAGCAGGGGCUCCACCUGACAGCUCUACAGGAGUUCAGAAGAAAAAAAGCAAUGGGAACAUCCUGCACUAUAUCUAUAGGAGCACUCUGGGCCAGAGUCUGCACUCUCAAAUGAGACAGUGUCUGCAGGUGCCCUUCGUUCGAUCUCUGUCAUCCUAUCAUUUCCACGGUGCCAGUAGCCCCUUUGACCGAAGAAUCACUUGUUUGGAGUGGCACCCCACUCACCCCACCACUGUGGCUGCAGCCUCUAAAGGUGGGGACAUUUUUCUCUGGGACUUUGAGAAGUCGGAAAAGAAAAGCUUUAUUCAAGGGAACGGAGCAGGAGACUUCAUUGGAGGGAUGAAGUUUUGCCCCACAGACUUCUCCAAAGUUUAUGCAGCCUCAGGGGAGGGGAUGCUGACCCUGCACAGCUUAGAGGGCCACGCUCCCACCCUACUGUCCAGAACUCAAGACUGCGGUCAUGAUCACCACUCUGUUUGCUUUUGGUACUGUUGUGUGGAUGUGUCUGUGAGUCGACAGAUGCUUGUGACCGGAGACAACGUUGGCGAGCUCACGCUACUGGGUCUGGAUGGCCAAAAGAUUUUCAGCAAUAAGUUGCACAAAGCUAAAGUGACGCACGCUGAGUUUAACACUCGAUGCGACUGGCUGCUGGUGACGGCAUCAGUUGAUCACACGGUUAAACUUUGGGAUCUGAGGAACAUCAAGGACAAGACGAGCUUCCUCCACAAAAUGCCUCACGAGAAAGCCGUUAAUUCAGCUUAUUUCAACCCUUUGGACUGCUCCAAACUGCUGACCACAGAUCAGUACGACCAGAUCCGCGUUUACUCGUCCUCUGACUGGUCAAAGCCUCAGCACAUCAUCCAGCAUCCGCACAGACAGUUUCAGCACCUUACACCCAUUAAGGCUACAUGGCAUCCCCUUUAUGACCUCAUCGUUGCGGGGCGCUAUCCUGAUGACCGCAUCUGUGCCGGAGACCAGAGGACCAUUGACAUCUUUGAUGCUAACAGCGGGGAGCUGGUGUUUCAGAUGUAUGAUUCCACCGCUGCAGGGAUCAAAUCUGUCAACAAGUUCAGUCCUAUGGGUGAUGUCAUCGGCUCUGGAAUGGGUUUAACACUUCUGAUCUGGGACAGUGACGAGUCGUUGAUCAGUGGCCGACAUAAACAUCUUGAGGAAAGCUCAGCUUCAGAGGAGGGGUUAAGAGGUCAGCGGAGGAGUCAGCAGCAGCGCUCCAGCAGAGAGCGGAGGGGUAAAGCCGGGGACACCAAGCUGAAGAAAAAGCUCGCUUCUCUGGAAGAAACGGAAACCAAAACCAAAACUGGGCGGAUGAGAAAGAAGUAAACCCUCAGAGAGCCAGAACAGCUUGUUUUGUACAUUAAUAUGUUACAGUUUAUGUUUCUAUGGUUAAAGAUUGUUCAAAUGUUUAAAAAAUGUUUGUUAGUUUUUUUAUAUGACCAUUUUCUAUUUACAAAACAUUUCCUAGCACUUUUUUCUA